AUGGCUGCAAAGCUGCCACUAUUAUGUCUCCAACGCAUUUUUGAAGAAUUACUUCCAUUAGAUUUAACAACUUCUUAUUCUCACUUAUUCUCAUGUAUCUUAGUCAACCGGCAUUGGUCUGACAUAGCAAUUUCAAUUUUAUGGAGGCAUCCUUUCGAACGUCAAUGGUGGUCUGAACCUGCAACAAAACUUCUUGAUAUUUAUAUUUCUCAUUUUUCUAAAGAAGAGAGAGAGUUAUUUAUUAAUGAUAAAUCUAUUAUUAAAUAUGAAAAACAACCUUCCCAUGAUUAUGUAUCACAUCUUAGAUCGUUAAAAACAGAAAACCUUAGUUAUGCUACUACAAAUUGGUUGAGAAAUAAACCAAAUAUUUCCACUGAUUUUAAAAUAAUUUAUGAAAUAUUUUGUCGAUUUUUUAUUCGUAAUGCUAGAAAUCUAGAAUUAUUGGAAUGUGAAACAAGCAAUAAGAUAAAUAUUUUUGAACUUUCUGGUGCGACAUCAAGUCUUUACAAAUUAAAAUCUUUGGUUGUUAUUGAUCAAGAUUAUCCAACCCGGUUAUUCGUUACAGCAUCCAAAGUUUCAAAGAAUGUUCGAACUCUCGACAUCACUAUUAGUAAUCAUAUACCAAGGCUUGAUUUGGCUGCAUCUGAAAGAAUUAAUGAUCUUGUAAGUCUCGUACGUUCACAAAAAUCUCUCGAAGAUUUUAUUCUGAUGAACGAACACCCAAAAUGUGGUCAAUGUGGAACACGAGAUCAGUCUGGUGUUUUAGAUUUUCGAAUA